GCUGGUAGUAAAUAGUGGAGAGGGGCCCUUCCUGCUCUUUUCCCCGCCAGCCUGGGAGGACUUGAUGCCUUUCCCAUUGCAAACUGAAGAUUUGAUUUUUAAUCUUAAUUUUGUUUUAUUUUUUUUGCAUGCACGCCCCUGGGUCCUUCUUCAGCUCCCCCGACCUUGGCUUUCUCGCUUCUUCUAAGAGGGGAGAGAGAAAAAAAAGCCAUUGGUUCAUCAAGGAGAGACAUUUUUUUUCCAGAUGAUCUGAAUUUUUCCAGGGAGGAACGUGGCAGAUCAACAACAACAACAACAAAAAAUAAUACGUAUCAUCACGGAGGUGGCCCCAAACGUCCUACGGAAUAACCCAUUUCAAAGUGAUGUAAUUAUAGAUCUGAAACCUAGUUUGUGAAGCACUUCUAUUUCAAUAGCCGCCAAAGAGAGAAGAGGGGCGAAGCACCCACUUUGGGAAGUAGAAUGGCUGCCGAGCAGAGAGAUCGGUCGCCCUUGGAUCUCCACUACCAGGCUGGACUGGACCAAGGAGUCAAUCCGGCUAUGAAAAUGGAGGAUGUGGAACCAGCCAGCCUGAAGUCUGAGGCAGAAUGGGAGAGACCAAGAGAAAGCCCGAACAUCGCCCAGAACAGGGCAGAUGGACACAACCUGGAAUGGAGGGGACCUCAACAUAUUAAACAAGAACCGGAGGAUGGCUUGUUGUCGCAUCGCUGGGAAGCCCAAUGGCAGCAGUUCUUAGGGGGUGUCCAGUCUCCCCGUCCAGGAUGGGGGACGAGACAGCUGCCAGGAGCUACGCCGUGGGGGGACAUGAGGGUGCCCGUAACCCAUUUUGAAGGGGUGGCCACUACGGCCGGCCAGCAGCCCCUGGAAAGGCAGUUCUUGCAGCCGCAGCCCUCAGGCUUUGACCAAACAACACAGACGGCCAUCUCGAAGCCACGGAAAGUGAAGGAGGAAAUGGAUGGCGAAGAGGUCCUUAGCCCGGAGCCCCCCUGCCGGCGUUUCCGACAGUUCCUCUACCAGGAGGCUGAGGGGCCCCGCGAGGUCUGCAGCCACCUCUGGGAUCUUGGCCACCAGUGGCUGAAGCCGGAGAGGCACACCAAGGAGGAGAUCCUCGAGCUGGUGAUCCUGGAGCAGUUCCUGGCCGUCCUGCCUCUGGGAAUGGGGACCUGGGUGCGGGAAUGCCAGCCCCACACCUGCGCUCAGGCGGUGGCUCUGGCGGAAGAUUUCCUGCUGAGGCACCAAGAGGAUGGGAGGCAGGAACAGAAGGGUCCAGGGAUGUUCCACGUGGUGACUGUGAAUUUCCCUGACGGCGAGCGGGCGUCGAGCAACACUGCCCAGGGCCCGCUUGGCAGGUUGGUCAAGGAAGAGGCCAGGGAGGAUGAUCACUCAGCAGUUGAUCGGCUGGUGAGUGAAAAAGAGGGUAACGACUGGAAAGAUCCUCAGGAAAUGGAUCCACAUGGGUUGACGUCGCUCCGAGCCCCAGAAGCCGUCGGCAGUUUCGGCAACACAGGGGACACCAAUGAGAGCCACGACAGGCCAAGGGCUUCACAGGAAAACAACCCAGAAGGGACAGAAGGAAACUCUGCCGGAGGAAAGCAGUCGCUGUGUUCAAACUGUGGGGGAGCUUUCAUUCCCGGCUCGGUUCUCCUCGGGCCACAGGGGUUUCCUCUGGGGAUGAAUCCCUACAAAUGCUCCGUGUGUGACAAGAGCUUUGGGCAGAUUACCAAACUCAUCGCCCACGAGAGGCUGCACACGGGGGACUGGCCGUACAAGUGCUCCUUUUGCGGGAAGAGCUUCAACCGGAACUCGGACGUCUCCCGGCACGAGAGGAUCCACACCGGCGAGAAGCCGUUCAAAUGUACCACGUGCGAGAAAUGCUUCAGCCAGCGGUCCAAGCUGAUCGUCCACGAGAGGUUCCACACGGGAGACAAGCCCCACACGUGCUCUUAUUGCGGAAGGAGCUUCCACCAGAGGUCGGACCUCGUGAAACACGAGCGGAUCCACACGGGAGAGAAGCCGUACAAGUGCUCGGAUUGCGGAGGGAGCUUCCACCGGAGCUCCGAUCUUGUGAAGCACAAGUGGAUCCACACGGGAGAGAGGCCCUACAAGUGUUCCACGUGCGAGAAGUGCUUUCGCCAACGCUCGGCACUCCUUUACCAUGAGCGGACCCACACAGGGGAGAAACCGUAUACCUGUACUGCCUGCGGGAAGGGCUUCAGCUGCAAGGCCCAUCUUGUCCUUCAUAAGAGAACCCACACUGGGGAGAAACCCUACAAAUGCAACUUCUGUGGGAAAAGCUUCACCACCAGCUCUUACUUCGUGAAGCACCAGAGAAUGCAUCUGGGUCAAGAACCCUUGCCGAUGCUGUGAAAGAAGGGAAAUUUGCUGCCUUCAGACUUCUCCAAGCAGAAAUAGGCCAUCGGCAGGACCACGUGACUGAUCUCUGAUGGGACUGUACCACUUCAGUCUGUAGGUGGGAAGCUAACUAUGGGAAGGCUGUUUCCCUCCCCUCCUGAUUUAUUUAUUUUUAAGUCACAUGCACGCACAAGGAACGAGGAUGUCAGGAAGAAGGGGUUCCUGGCAGUCUAGUUUUCCGUGUGCAAGGACAUUUUGAUUUAGAGGACCACACAAUCAAAUGUCCAGUCCUCAGGCUGCAGCUGGAAAGAGUUGAAAGCCAGCUAAUGAUUGUGAGAAAAGGAAAUUACAUUUUUGAUUGGUCAGAAAACGGUGAAGAGCACCCAGCACUCAUCCUAUUUAUGCAUGGAAAAACUGUUCGGAGGAGUAAAGUUCUGUAAUUAAUUGUCCGAUUAAAGAAAGAAAAGAGAGGAGAAAAAGCACACACGGAAUCAGGCUGCCCGGCUUCCUAACAAUAAAGAAGAGAAAGACUAGAGAGAAAAACCUUCUCCAUUUCUUUAUGACAUGGGAAUCAAAGGAUUUUUGGCAACCAGGCUGGAGAGCCAUGGCCAGUUGGAGUAAACUAACCCUUCCCCACCUGCUGCCUCCCAAAUAUGUGAUACUACAACACCCAUCAUCCGGAGGAUGCACAAUCACCCUGUGGAAGUAGACAAUCCUGGGCCAGAUGGAAAAAUAGUUUAAGCUGGUAAUAAGCAGCUGCCUGUGUUUCUGACAACAUAAACUUGAACUACAGUAAUUUACAGGGCUGAAAUUAUAGCCGAAAUCCUGUUUUGCAUUUACACAAAUGCUAUAACUUUUAGACGCAAAUUGACAUACUGUAUUUUUCCAUGUAUAAGACACUACUUUUUCCUGAAAUCAUUACACUAAACA